CAAAAAACACGACGCUCGAAAAGCGCAAAUUCUUCAUUUUGUCUUCUACGCUUCCUCCACCGCCAUCGUAAUCCAGGAAUAGUGGCAAUCUGUUCUCCACCGGUAUCCGCGCCUCCAAGUCAUCUGGACACACGAUCUUUUGAACUGUUCUGCCAAACCGCCGGAAUAAUCUACUUUUCCGAUGGAAACCCACGGUAAUUCUCAAGAGGUUAUGGUGCCGCCCGUUGAAGGCAUUGCGGGAGGUGGCACUGCAUAUGGAUGGACAGAUUGCGAAGUUUAUGAUCCAACACCAUUAAGGGGUGUAAUUGAUCCUACUAGAGUUCCUACUUCAGAAUUGGUGCAUGUUUGGUGUAUGCCAAGUACAGCUAAUGUCGGGCCACAGGAUUUGCCUCAACACUUGGAGCCUAUAUCUCUUCUAGCGGCGAGAAAUGAAAGAGAAAGUGUCCAGGUUGCUUUACAUCCAAAAGUUUCGUGGGGUGGAUCUGGCAUUGCAGGAACUGUACAGGUUCAAUGCACAGACUUGUGCUCAUCUACUGGUGAUAGGUUGGUAGUUGGAGAGUCGUUGACAUCACGAAGAGUAGUACCUGUUUUGGGUGUUCCCGAUGCUCUUGUACCACUUGAUAUGCCAGUUUCAAAAUUAAACCUAUUUCCUGGAGAAACUGCAGUGGUCUGGAUUUCUAUUGAUGUUCCAAGUGCGCAGCCACCGGGGCAAUAUGAAGGGGAAAUCAUCAUUUCUGCUACCAAGACUAGUGCAGAAUCCAAUGCACAAUCCCUCAGUAAAACAGAGAAGUACCAACUUUACUCGGAACUUAGAAACUGCCUUGAUAUUGUAGACCCCAUAGAGGGAAAACCAGUGAAUGAAGUGGUAGAAAGAGUGAAAUCUGCAACUUCAUCUUUAAGAAGCAUUCUUCUGUCCCCAUCAUUUUCUGAUUUGUUUUCAGACAAUGGGUCCGUAGACAGGAUGGAUGAGGAUGUAGCAUCUAACCUUGCUAUUCGGUUGAAAAUAAGUUUGACAGUGUGGGACUUUAUUCUACCAGUUACACCUUCAAUCCCUGCUGUUAUUGGUAUAUCUGACACUGUAUUUGAAGAUCGAUUUGGUGUUGAACAUGGAAGUAAUGAAUGGUAUGAGAUUCUAGAUCAGCAUUUCAAGUGGCUACUGCAAUAUAGAAUUAGUCCAUAUUUCUGUAGAUGGGGUGACAGUAUGAGAGUUUUAACGUACACCUGCCCAUGGAAAGCUGAUCAUCCAAAAUCUGAUGAAUAUUUCUCUGAUCCUCGACUUGCUGCCUAUGCUGUACCACACAGCCCAGUAGUCAGAUGUGAAGAUACUGCAAAAGACUACCUACAAAGAGAAGUUGAGAUACUGAGAACAAAAUCUCAUUGGAGAAAAGCCUACUUCUACUUGUGGGACGAGCCUCUCAAUCUUGAACACUAUGAUGCUGUCCGAAGAAUGGCCAGAGAGAUUCAUGCCUACGCACCAGACUCUCGUGUUUUGACCACGUACUAUUGUGGCCCUAAUGAUGCACCUCUUGCUUCUAAUAAUUUUGAUGCUUUCCUGAAAGUUCCUGAGUUCCUACGGCCCCAUACACAGAUAUACUGUACAAGUGAAUGGGUAAUUGGUAACAGAGAGGACCUCGCGAAGGAUAUCAUUGCAGAAAUAAGACCAGAAAUUGGUGAGGAAUGGUGGACAUAUGUAUGUUUGGGGCCCACUGAUCCUCAUCCCAACUGGCACUUGGGAAUGCGAGGUACACAACACAGAGCAGUGAUGUGGCGUGUAUGGAAAGAAGGUGGAACAGGUUUCUUGUAUUGGGGUGCCAAUUGCUACGAGAAGGCAACAGUUCCUAGUGCUGAGAUUAAAUUCAGGCGCGGUCUGCCUCCUGGGGACGGAGUAUUGUUUUACCCUGGCCAGGUGUUCUCUUCUUCCAAGCAACCUGUUGCUUCAUUAAGACUAGAACGGCUUCUCAGUGGUUUACAGGACAUUGAAUACUUGAAACUCUACACAUCAAGAUAUGGUAGGGAGGAAGCACUCAACCUGCUGGAAAGGACAGGAACUUACUUUGGUCCCGAGCGUUACACACUGGAACACACACCCAUAGACGUCAUGCGGGGAGAGAUUUUCAGGACAUGCCGGUGAUAAAGUUGGUCUCUGUUUGGUUAUGAUGAAUGUGUUUUUUUUUGUGUGAACUCUGGCAAAGAUAGGCGCUAAACCGUUUGAGGUAAAGAAAUACUUGUGCUGUUAUGUUAUGCAUUCACUAUACGGCUGUGUCGGAUUGUACAAUUUUAUGGACUUUCCUAUAUGUUUGCAUGAACAUUUAUAUAAUGUUAUGAUAAGUUUUAUUUAAGGAGUAUAUUUUAUCAAUAUGCUUAGAGAAUGUUCAUUUAGGUGGUCGAAAUCUAUAAUUUUGAUAAAAGCUUGUGAUAAAAGCACUUCAUGAACAAAAAGUUUGUAUUCAU